AUGGUUCCCGGAGGUGUAUGUGCUCAUCUGGAAUAUCAGAUUGAGGACAUGACAGACUAUGUGGCAGACAUGGCACAGAGACUCGUUGAUCCCACCACGUCAGUUUCUCCUGAAUUUCGAAAAUUCGUUCUCGGACUCCUUUCCUCUACUCGUCUUCCUCACACCACCAUUCUCCUCGGUAUGAACUAUCUCGCGAACCGGCUCGAAGGCUUGAAGACCGUAUCAAGAGGUGGUCAGAUGUGGCGACUUUUGACAGUUGGAUUACUUCUGGGAAGCAAGUUCUUGGAUGAUAACACAUUCCAGAACAAAUCCUGGUCAGAGGUCAGUGGUAUUGCAGUUGCCGAACUCAACAAGAUGGAACAUGCUUGGUUGGAAGAUAUCGACUGGAAGUUGUAUGUCGAUCUUGACAACAGUUCGGCAUACCAGGCAUGGUUGGCAAACUGGAAACAAUGGGCCGCAGAUAGGAAGAAGGUCAAGGCCGCCACCAUGGAACGCCUUUCUGCUCCGCCUGCACCAUUGGCUCCGAUUGAUACCAGCGUCUCACGCUCACGUCAAUCCAACUCCAUCUACAGAGGCUAUCCUCAAAGUGCCACACAAGAGAGACAGCAAUAUGUUCACUACGAACAUCCUGCUUGGGCCAAUCACUCAUACCCAACCCCUCAACACACACCACCAUCUGCUCCUGAGUCGGGUGUGACUACACCAGAAAAUUGGAGUGCUACUGGUCCGGCACCUCAGUAUGAUUGGGGUAUGUACAGCCAGUAUGCGAAAGCAUACAAUAUGGCUGCAGCAAACACUCCUUAUGUUAUGCCAGAUAUGUCUACUCGAUUCCACAACCAGUGGCCACACCACUAUAGUCCUCACCACUACAGUCCUCAACAUUACUUUCACCAGUACAGUAUUUGGAACCAUCAACCUUCCGACUACGCUUCUCAGGUGAAGCAACCUUACUUCAUGCCUCACAAUGCGUACGGUGGACACCAGACUGUUGUUAAUUGA